AUGGAGCCUGAAGCCUUGUAAAUGUGCCCUCACCACCCUCACCACCACAUCCCGCUCGGCAGAUUUCAGUGUCACCUGGCAUUGUGCAGGAAAAAGAACCCAAGAAAGCCACUGAUGGGCAGCUGCAAAUGCCACGCCUGCCACGUGGUCCCCAUCACGAAGCCGGAGGAGCACGAGGCAGCCUGUGUCAACGGGAGCCCCGUGGAGGAAGGGGCCAGCUUGAGCCCUCUGAAAAUGAGCUUUCCAAGUGCGGAGCAGAGCGGAAGCACCCCUCCAACUUUUGUUCCCCAAAAGCUCGUUUGUGAAAGCGACACAGAGUCAGAGAGAAAGGAACCCCUCAUUUCUGACCACCCCCAGAAUCUCUGA